AUGACCGUUGCAGCAUCCUUCUAUCCAAGCCCUCGAGCUCAAAUUCACCCCACCACUUGGAGAAGACCCCCCAAAAUCAACACCAAGUCCCACAAAAACCUUUACUUUCUCUUCAGCUCGAACUCCAAUACUUUCUUCAAACCUUCACUCUCUCCCACUCCUUUCCCACUCAACCUCAAAUCCCCUUCAAACCCAAUUCAGCUCCUUCCCUUAUCAGACUCAGUCCAGGACAAUCUCGUUGAAAACCUCGAGAGUUCCAUGAAUUCUCUCAUGCCCAUAAACGAAAUUGGACAAAUUACGCCCUUGGAAUCGUGUCCAAGAAUCUUCAUCCAAGACCCACCUUGGAUUGCCUCACUAUUCUUGAAGGGUUUGUACAAAAGGACCGAUCAAGAAGUGAAAUUGGAGUUCAAAGAAAUGGAUAAGAGUAAGUAUAAUUUGUUGAGGAGGAGGCAGAUUAAGGCGGAGACUGAGGCGUGGGAGAGAAUGGUGGAGGAGUAUAGGGAAUUAGAGAGAGAGAUGUGUGAGAAGAAGUUGGCUCCCAACUUGCCUUAUGUGAAGGCAUUGUUUUUGGGGUGGUUUGAGCCAUUUAGGGAUGCGAUAGAGAGGGAGCAGAAGAUGCAGCGGACGGACAAGCAGAAGGCCGCAUUUGCGCCUCACAUCGAUGCGUUGCCCGCUGAUAAAAUGGCGGUUAUUGUUAUGCAUAAGAUGAUGGGAUUGUUUAUGGCGGGAGCUCAGGAGGGGUUUGUUCAGGUUGUUCAGGCUGCGGUGCAGAUUGGUAUGGCUAUAGAGCAAGAGGUUAGAAUUCAUAGUUUCUUGGAGAAAACUAAGAAUUACCGGAGCAAGAACAUUGUAGCUGGUACCGAAGAGGGUCUGCGAAAGGAGAAGGAAAUACUUAUGAAACAUGUAAAUAGUUUAGUUAGAAAGAGAAGACUGAAGGAGGUGCAAAAGCUGUUGAAGAAAGAAGAAAUUAAGCCCUGGAGUCGAGAUACACAAGCUAAGCUGGGGUGUCUAUUAAUAGAAUUAUUAACUGGAUCGGCUUAUGUACAACCUCCUCUUAACCAGUCAGCAGAUGGACCUCCUGACAUUCGACCUGCUUUCAGGCACAAAUAUAAAGCUGUAAUAAAGAACCCACGGCAAAAAUUUGUGAAGAAUUAUGGAGUUAUAGAAUGCGAUCCUCUAGUCCUUAUGGGGCUUGAUAAAACUGUUAAGCAUAUGUUGAUUCCUUAUGUGCCCAUGUUGGUGCCUCCGAAAAAAUGGAAAGGGUAUGACAAGGGUGGGCACUUGUUCCUACCUUCUUAUAUCAUGCGUACUCAUGGGUCUAGGAAACAGCAGGAUGCAAUUAAGGAUGUUCCUGCAAAACAGAUGCAAAAGGUUUUUGAGGCUCUGGAUAUGCUUGGUAACACCAAAUGGAGAAUAAAUAGAAGAGUACUCAGCAUAGUGGAGUGCAUUUGGGAUAGAGGAGGCAAUAUUGCUGGCUUGAUUGAUCGUGAAGAUGUUCCUGUACCUGAGAAACCACCCACAGAGGAUUUAUCAGAAAUUCAGGAAUGGAAAUGGAGUGUGAGAAAGGCAAAGAAGAUUAAUUUAGAGAGGCAUUCUCAACGAUGUGACACUGAACUUAAACUUUCUGUGGCUCGGAAAAUGAGAGAUGAGGAGGGCUUUUACUAUCCCCACAAUGUGGAUUUCCGUGGUCGAGCAUACCCAAUGCAUCCACAUUUGAAUCAUUUGAGUUCCGAUCUCUGUCGAGGAAUGCUUGAGUUUGCUGAAGGGCGACCUUUAGGGAAGUCUGGCUUACACUGGCUGAAGAUACAUUUAGCAAACCUGUAUUCAGGUGGUGUUGAGAAGCUGUCACAUGAUGGACGUCUAUCUUUUGUUGAGAAUCAUCUCAGUGAUAUAUUUGAAUCAGCAGACAACCCUGUUAAUGGAAAUCGGUGGUGGUUAACUGCUGAAGAUCCUUUUCAGUUCCUAGCUGCUUGUAUUAAUCUCUCAGAAGCGUUAAGAAGCUCGUCACCACAUACUGUCAUCUCCCACCUGCCAAUUCAUCAGGAUGGUUCAUGCAAUGGUUUACAGCACUAUGCAGCACUGGGAAGAGACAGUUUGGAAGCAGCGGCAGUCAACUUAACUCCUGGAGACAAACCUGCUGAUGUUUACUCAGAAAUUGCAAUGAGGGUUCAUGAUAUCAUGAAAAGGGACAGCGACAAGGACCCAGCUACAAAUCCACAAGCUUUAAUAGCGAAGGUCUUAAUUGAUCAGGUUGAUCGGAAAUUGGUCAAGCAGACAGUGAUGACUUCAGUAUAUGGUGUUACUUAUGUUGGGGCACGGGAGCAGAUAAAAAAAAGAUUAGAGGAGAAGGGUCUCAUUACUGAUGACAGACUGCUGUUCACUGCAGCUUGCUAUGCUUCUAAAGUAACAUUGGCUGCCCUUGGUGAGAUAUUUGAAGCUGCACGUGGCAUAAUGGGUUGGCUUGGUGAUUGUGCCAAGGUAAUUUCUUCAGAAAAUCAACCUGUGCGUUGGACCACUCCUCUUGGUCUUCCAGUGGUACAACCCUACCGAAAAAGUGAACGGCAUCUUGUAAGAACAUCUCUUCAGGUUUUGGCUUUGCAUCGGGAGGGUACCUCGAUAAAUGCUAGAAAACAAAGAACUGCAUUUCCGCCAAAUUUUGUCCACUCACUUGACGGUACACACAUGAUGAUGACUGCUAUUGCCUGCAGGGAUUCUGGUCUACAUUUUGCAGGAGUUCAUGACUCCUUCUGGACGCAUGCAUGUGAUGUGGAAAAAAUGAAUCGGAUACUUAGAGAAAAAUUUGUGGAGCUUUAUAGCAAGCCAAUACUUGAAAAUUUGCUGGAGAGCUUCCAGACUUCAUAUCCAGCACUGACGUUUCCUCGCCUCCCAGAGAGAGGCAACUUUGACUUACAAAGUGUUCUCGAAUCUCCAUACUUUUUUAACUGAUUGUUCGUGCGAAAGAAAUAAUCAUAACCUUGUGCAGAGGCAUCAAUUCUUCUGAUGCAAACAGCAUCGUUGAGUUUUGUGAGAAAGUUCGUCUCAGAUUGGAUGGGAAGUUGGAGCAAGAAAUCGUUUCCUAUGGUUACCUCUCAAGGCUGAAAAGGAAAGAUUGGAUGUGCCUGGUGUUUCCUGUAACUCCUGAGGGCUUUCUUAUCCUUGUAUGAUGAUGACUUCAGAUCAUUACACAACAGGCUGGUUCAGGAUUAGAGGAAUAUCAUCCAGCUCGAUUAUGAAUGCAGGGAAGUGAAUCAUCCCAUCCACUGAAAUUCUCCAUAUUCAAAAUCUUGCAUUGCAACCAUUGAUGUUUUCAAGAAGAGAUAAGAGGCUGAUGUAAGUACUUGCAGCGAGUGUUUCUACGAGCUAAUUGGAAGUGAUCAUUUUAAUGAUGCAAGACCAAGUAAUUUGCUUUGUUCCCAGGUAUUUCAUGUAUAGGCAAGGUGUCUUAAAAUUGAGAGAGAGGGUCGUUGAAUGGCUGGAGGAUAUUUACUGCAUAUGUAUACGUCUAAAGGGAAAACACUAUUACAUCUAAAGGAAUUAUUUUCUGUCGUGAAUUCAUUUCUCAUACUUUUAAUGUCAAACCAGCUGCAAAAUAAAAAUUGUGG